GAAACCAAGUAAUCCACUGGCCUCAGACUCAGAGCUCUGUCUCUUCAGUAAUCCACAAACUUCAGGAAUCAGAAACCUGAAAAAUGAAGCCUAAAACAAAGUAUUCAACUUCAAAAAUUUUCCCAGCAAAGCUGAACAGCACAGCACACAAAGGCCUGGUAAAAUCUUGCCGACUACGAAAACCCCAACAGAAGGCUGAAGAAAUUUGUCAUGUGUACUAUAUGAGGCUGCGCUCUGGCCUUACCAUAAAGAAGAACACCUGUUACUUUAGGAAAGAAAUCACCAGAAGGUGUUCACUGAAAACAGGUGGAAAGAGCAAAGAAAAACAUCAGGUGAACUUGGUCUAUCAACAGCUGCCUGCACAGCACUCCACCUUGGUAUUACCUAGCCUUCAAGAACAUUCUACAGCAUCUAAUGCAACAAGUAUCCAAGGAAUUUCACCUAUUACAGAAUCUCGUGCUUCCCUGAGCACAUACAAUGAUCAAUCCGUCAGUUUUGUUUUGGAGGAUGGAAGUUAUGUGAUCAAUGUUGAAGACUUGAGAAAAGACCAAGAGAAAGACAAGGUGUUAUUGCGUUAUUAUGAGUCUCCAUACCCUUCAACUGAAUCAGGUGAUGGUGUUGAUGGUAAGAUGUUAAUGGUAAACCUGAGUCCUACAAAAGACACAAACAUCUGGCUGCAUGCCAACAAGAAGAAGCACUCUGUGGAGCUUCAAAAGUGUGAAACCCCAUUGCCAGAACAGGCCUUCUUUGUUCUUCAUGAGGAGUCCUCCGAAUUUGUUUCAUUUGAAUGCCAGAGUAAUCGUGGAACAUACAUAGGAGUAAAGGAUAAUCACCUUGCUCUAAUGGAAGGAAAAAAUCUGACUAGUGAGAAUAUCAUGUUUAAGCUCUCUCUAACUUAAUGUGAUGGAAAGCUGUGGGUUCUAGGUUGGACAACUCAGAUGCUACCAUUGAAAAAUGAGUAAGAGAUAAAGAAAGAGACAGGCAACAUCCAAGGGAAAUAGCUUUGAAUGCUAUAGAAUAUUUUCCUUAAUAUGUGUAAAAAUGGCUUUUCUAAUCUUUUAGUUCUAUUUUUAUUUUCCUCUGUGUUAUUAUGUAUUUAAUAAAACUGUGGGUAUGUUAAAUAGGGUAUUGGUAAAUAAACCUGCUAACUUUUUGAAGAGAUAUAGCUUUGACCUUUACUUUUUUUCUUCUUCUGAGAAUCUUUUUCUACUAAAUGAGAAUUUCUCAUUCAGGGCUGAGAUCUCUGCAGAGAAGCAAGUGUCAUAGCUCAAAUUGCUCUUUAGACAUGGAUCCAUUUUAAAAAGUUAUAAAAAUUCCCCUUGUUCCCAACAAUAGGUUGAAAUACUGGAACUGCUAGUAAAAAGACCACAUGCUACAUUGAUUGACCAUUCCUCAGAGAGUAUAAGAUAUCGAGUGUGUAGAUGCUUUAGGCAACACUCAGAUAAGAGCUUUCUGUCAAGGUUUAUGGUACUUCAAAUGCUUACAUCCAUAGGCAGAUAGUAUAAAUGUGUGAAAAGACAGGGAUGAUUUUACAAAAAUUAGGAAAAAUAAAUCCAGUAUUUGUAAAAUAAUAAUUUUACUUCUAAUUGUUUCAUUUUUAAAAUUCUGGAUUUUAUAUUGUGAGUUAACUUUAAGCAAGGCAUUCUUACAUUAAGAAGCAAAACAGACUUUAGUUUACACAUAUAAUUGAAAUUAAAGGAAGUAUUUAACAAACCAAAAAAGUUUUUUAAGUACUGGUCCACAGCAUAUGUUAGGGUACUCAAGAAUUAUGGAAUCCUAGCAUCAUGGUAAAGCCAGAAGUCCUCUAACCUAUCAAGUUCUAGAAAGACACAGAAUUAGCAUUAAAAUUUCAGUAACUGGUUGUCUCUCGUGUUUAUGGCACACUAUGUCCUUCUCACCCUGGCUUCUAUGGAUCUAUGACUUUUGAUACAUGCAUCACCUUGGAUAAAAUUUCUUCUAUGUAUAUGAGUCCUUUUAUAGCCCAGUUUCUCAAUGACCCUGCUCACUCUGUAAUAUUCAUUUAACUUCUGUCCCUUUUUCAGAAAUUUUUCAAAAUUUGCUUCCCAUGUAUAUGAGUCCUUUUAUUGCCCAGUUUCUCAAUGACCCUGCUCACUCUGUAAUAUUCAUUUAACUUCUGUCCCUUUUUCAGUCUAUUUUUUUUUUGAGACAGGGUCUGAUUAUGUAGCCCAGGGUGGUCUCGAACUCAUAAUCUCUGCCUGAGCCUCCCAAAUGCUGGGAUUACAGAUAUGUGUCACCACACCCAGCUUUCCUCACUCCUUUUGGACAACAUAGCCUUACUACAUCUCUUCUAUACCCCUGAGAUUCAUUUCUUUUUUAUCUAACCUCUGUAUGCCAAUAUUUUUUUUCUGUUUUUUCUUACCUUACACUGUAUUGUUUUAUAUAUACCUCUUGAUGACAUCAAACAUCUUUGUUUUUUUACUGUUGCUAAGGUAGUAAAAACUUCUA